CGUGGUGACGUAGAGGCGCAGGCGCACUGGGUCUGAGACGUUGGGACGCUACCUGCGUGUGUGGGCGGAGGAGUGUGGCCGAGGCUCUGAGCUGCGGGGAAAACAUUCUUGAAGUCAUCUGCACAUUCUGCCUGGGAAAAGAUGGUCAACGUCUUGAAAGGAGUGCUUAUAGAAUGUGAUCCUGCCAUGAAGCAGUUUCUGCUAUACUUGGAUGAGUCCAAUGCCCUGGGGAAGAAGUUCAUCAUUCAAGACAUUGAUGACACACACGUCUUUGUAAUUGCAGAGCUGGUGAAUGUCCUCCAGGAACGAGUAGGAGAAUUAAUGGACCAAAAUGCGUUUUCUCUUACCCAGAAGUGAAAAUGCUAGAUGUCAUGCAUUUUGAAAUUAGAAACAAACAUGAAAGAGUCCCUGCCAAGACUCUUACAUGACGUAGGAAAGAUUGCAGAAUCCUUUAUUCAGACAAAAGCCCCGAACUCAUUUGUUGUACCAUUAGAAAAAAUUUUAAUUAAAAAAAGAGUCUUAAAUAAAAACUGGCUACAAUUUG